AUGGUGCUUCUAAAACGUUUACUAAUAAUAAUUCUGUGCCUUAAACUGUAUUCUACAAAUCCAGAGACAAUAAUCAAUGAAUUAACUUUAAAAUUAGACAUAAGGACACACAUUUAUUAUGGUUUUACCAAGGAGACCUUCGAGGAACUUAAUUUGAUGACAAAUCAGCCCAAGUUAUUAAUUUUGAACAACAUAAGUGAAGAGUUUAAAACAGAACACGAUGAACCAGUGCUAAUUAUAAUUAAUAUGGAAACAGAUUUGGAUUUUAAUUUGAUAACUGUCGAGGUGUUGAAAUCAUAUUUUAUAGAUAGACAAUAUAACGAUAUAUUGCUUAUUGAUAAAGAUGAAAAUGAAGAGAAAAGUUAUGCGGAAAUUAGCAAGGCCUAUUGGGAUGCUGGAUUUUCAUAUAUAUUAAUUUAUGCCUCGCAAGAAGAGCAACUUUGGUCGAUGAGACCUUAUCCCUACUUGGAAAUUAUACCAACUAAUCUACAAAAAUAUAUAAAAUCUAGAGAUAAUUGCAAUUUAAAAGGAUAUCCCCUGCGAGUGCUGGUGACCAAUGAUCCACCUCAUUGUUUUGUGGACGAGGAAGAGUCACCCAACUCCAAGGAUCGCUAUAAAGGCAGUAUUAUAGAAAUAUUUAAGCUGUUUGCUAAGCAUCUAAAUGCCACCUUUCAGGCGGUACCUUUUCCUGGUCUGAGGAGAUACUCCACCAAUGAGUGCCUCAAUCUGGUGCAGGACAAUGAGACGGAUGCCUGUGGCAGUAUCUUUAUAAGGACAUACAAGUAUCCAACCAGUCAGCCGGUUUGCCUGAAUCGCGUGGCCAUAAUGGCCCCCUUUGGGAAUCCCAUCGAAAAGUUCUACUAUUUCUUCAGGCCCUUUGACUCCUAUGUCUGGAUUGGGAUUAGUCUUAUGUUGGUCUACAUUUGCGUAAUGGGUUCCUUGCUCCAUCGCUGGCACUUUGGUCAAUGGGAUGUGGGUCAGUAUCUCCUGCUGGCAGUGCAGACUCUGCUGACCAGGGAACUCUCCCUACCGCAAUGCUCUGGUUUCUCCAAACUGAUGCUGCUGCUCCUGCUCUUUGCCAUCGGAUUUGUUCUUUCCAAUUUAUACGUGGCUUUGCUUUCCAUGAUGCUCACCACAAAGCUGUAUCAAAGACCCAUUGAGAACCUGGCUGACUUGAAGGCAUCCAAUGUGAACAUAUUGCUGCAACAGCACAACAUUCGACCCAAUUCCAUCUAUGGAAGUUCGGAGGAGCUCAGGGAAAGGUUUCUCCUGGUGGAGGAGGAUCUGCAUAAGGAACGUAGGGAUGGCCUGGAUCCUAACUAUGCCUAUGUGGACUCUGAGGAUCGCAUGGACUUCUAUCUGUAUCAGCAAAAGUUCCUGCGUAGGAGACGGAUGAAGAAGCUGACCAAUCCCGUGGGCUACACCUGGGCCGUCCAGGUGAUACGCCAGAACUGGGUGCUGGAGCGGCUCUACAAUGACCAUGUACAGCGACUUUUUGAGAGCGGAUUGCAGAACAAACUGGUGGAUGAUGUCCAUGAGUUGGCCGUGAAGGCGGGCUUCCUGCACUUUUUCCCCACACAAAGUCAGACCAUCGAACCUUUAAGGCUUGAGGAUAUUGUGAUGGCAGCCAUGGUCUUGGGCGGCGGCCACGCCCUUGCCGGGAUAUGUUUCCUCGCUGAGCUCACACACUCAAUCCAAUCUCAAUCAUUGUCCUUCCAAUCACGGGAAUGGCAAUAG